AUGGCAAAGCUCCUGAUUGUUGUGCUUGCGUUGAUUGCGGUGGCGGCGGCCAAACCUGGUUAUGGUUCAGGUGGUGGUUCAAGUGGCAGCAGCUAUGAACAAAGCAGUAGCAGCUUCCAAACUGGGCAUGGCAAUAACGGCUAUGGAGGUGGACAUGGCCAAAGCGGCUUCGGAGGUUUACAUGGCCAAGUUGGCUUCGGAGGCUUGGGCAUCCAAGGGGGCUUUGGAGGUGGACAUGACCAUGGAUAUGGCCAAGGACAUGGCCAAGGUGGCUUCGAAUCUGGACACAGUAGCAGCAGCUUCGAAUCUGGACAUAGUAGCAACAGCUUCGGUAACGGCGGUCACGGUGGCCACAGUAGCCACGGUGGACACGGCCACUAUUGA